AUGCAGAGACCCAAAAAUUCGUUCUGGGAGCCAGAUGUCGACGGCAUUGCGAAACGCGUGGAGAGCAGCUCGAAGAAAUCGAAGAAAAAGGCUGAAUGGCUGUACAUUGCAGCUUUCAAGCAUUUUGGCACUGUUUCCAAUCAACUCAUUGAAGCCAUUGAAGGGCCAAUGGCCUCGGCUGUCAGUGACUUCUCUGUGGUGUGCUCAUACAAUUGGUCGGACGCCUUUGAGCCGACGAUCUUUGUACCUGGCGGCGCUGCCAAAUACAAAAAGCCUUCGCUCCCUAUCAAAUUGGACCAUGAUCAAGGUAUCCAAUACAUCGACCACAACGUCUACAGGAACCCCGUGAUGCCAUUCGAGCCAAUGAUGAGAGCAGCCAGCAUCAUGGAUCCGUCAGCCAACUUCCACGAUGUGGAAAUCGUCAUCAGCCGGGGUGGGUUGCAAAACCUUUUCGACUUUGCCAGAGGCAAAAGCCAAAAGUCCUUCAGGGUCGAAUUGGACUUGGUCAACAACACGCUAUUCAUCGCCUGGCGCAAGGAGGUUAAUUGCUUCAGAAUGUCUUCCAAACCUGGAGAGGAGAGCUGGGGACAUGCAUUUGAAGAAGCAUUCACCAAGUACGACGCGGGUCUUGAGAGUUCCGUCUCGCACCAGCGAGUUAUCCAGUACAACAUUGGCGAGAUGAAGUGCCUAGUGCGUCAUGAGGUCGAUGGUGCUUACUAUGGGCCGGAGGAGAAUGCAACAGAAAACGAUGCCGACGUUGAAGCACCAUCCAGCGUCAUACAAAGUACCCCCCAGAACAACACACUUAAAGGGAAAGCCAGGAUCAGCAGCGAAACCAAAGCCAUUCGGAGAGGCCAGGAAACUCCCCCCUCCGCGAUAAUGGAGCUCAAGGCCCGGCCGAGAAUGGAACCGUGGGAGGCAAUGAACCAGAUGUACUUUGGAAGAACCCCCCACCUCGUCAUUGGCCAACACGAAAAGGGGGAGUUUACCGGCGUUCGCAUAGAAGACUGCGAGCCGCUGAUGGAGCAAUGGGAAUGGGAGAACCACGAAGCCCUGACAAAGCUGGCUUCCCUUCUCGGGCUGUUGCGUGAGAACGCAAAGAGGGCCAGAGCACAAGGCAGGCGAGCGCGUGCGAUCUAUAACUCCAAGUGGGACAACGCGGUGUUGGAGAUUUGGACCACAUUCUCUAGGCAAGCACCUAUCCCACCGGAGUUCGAGAAGAUGUUUUGGAUUCCUGAGUCGGAGUCAUCUGCUAGCAGGCAACCUCGGCCGAUCCACGGCCAGACGCGUCAGCGUUCCUCUCAAGGAAAUAAACCAUGGAAGCAACGAAAAGUCGUUUAG